AUGGACGAAAGAAGCGUUUACUCGAUCUAUUUUUCGAAGAAAGCCCAAAAAGAAGCAAUAAAUUUUCUAGUUGGAGAAUUGGAAAGAAAUAAAUGGAAGACAUCUUUUUACGACGGAGAAAGCAGAAUUUUGUUGAUACAUCCGACGCUAGAGGGACUCUAUCUUUCGGCGGAGCGAUACUUUUUGUACAAGAAAUGCAACAGUGUUCCUCCCUUUCAGCCUUUCAACUCUGACAUAAAGGAUCAAUUCAUCCACAUCGAAAAUGGCAUUGAUUUUUUCACAGCAGCAGAACAAUUGCUGUUGAUAAAGAAGGACUUGGAGAAUCUCCGAGCUGGGGACAAAGAUUCAAUUGUUCCUGGUCAUCCUGAAGCAACUCUCUACCCGGGGAAGAGUAUUUUGCGGAGAUUUAUAUCAGCUGAACUGAUUGGUGAGCAUUAUCCUCUUCAUGAUCGGGAAGAUUUGGAUAAGCUUAGAGCUUCUUGGCUUCGAAACAAGUUAAACUUGAUCAACCAGCCACUGAAGAUGCUGGAUGAAUAUUUCGGAGUAGAACUUGGGCUAUAUUUUUCGUUUGUUGAGACGUACGCACGCGCACUCGUUGUUUUAGUUCUCGUCAUUUUCGCAAACAUGGUAUUAAAUUUGAACCCGAUGCUGACUUCCGUCCUUGUGAUUGCCUGGUCUUUCGGGUUUAUUCUUGUCUGGAGACGCGGUGAAAUGGACCGGGCUUAUAAGAAAGGAAUUCUGAACACUGUCGAACGUGGAUGGGAGGAAGCGCGUCCAGAGCAUUUCGGAAAGCUUUCCAGAAACGAGAUUACCGGAAAACAAGAGCCGCAUUACGGGACGGAUCCAUUCAAGCAGAAGAUGAGAAUAAUCGCUUCAUACAGUGCAACUGCCCUCUGUUGCUAUGCGUCGUAUCUGAUCAUGGAAUACUAUUAUUCUUGGGAAAAAUAUGCGUACGCUGAAUUUGGAAUCGACUCUUACACGGCCAUGGUUCCCGGAAUUAUCUACACGAUUAUCGUUAUCAUCACUUCCCAAAAAUACCGCCAAUUCGCCCGGAAAUUGACAAACUUCGAAAACCACCGAACGGAAUCCGCCUUUCAGAAAAACCUUCUCGCCAAGUUACUCGUGUUCGAAUUCAUCAACAACUUCCUCGUCCUGUACCUCCUCGCGUUCAUUUACGAAGAUCUGGAAAUGCUCAGGAGUACCGUGAUAACUACGAUGACAAUUUCUCAAGUUUUCGUUGAAAUUUUCGAAGGCGUGGUACCAUUCAUGGUAUAUAAGAAGCGGACUAAGAAUUUGAAUAAGAACUUUUCGAACCUGUGCGAGCAAGCGACGUACGAAGCGAACCGAGACGAGUACGAAGGGCACUUUGAUGAGUACCUCGAGAUUUGGAUUCAAUUCGGCUACGUAGUCCUCUUCACUUCUAUUUACGAGUACGCGCCGCUCUGUGCUCUCGUCGCCACGAUUAUCGAAAUUAGAAAUGACGCGCACAAGUUUUUGAAUCUAUUCAAGAGGCCGGAAUCUAGAAUCGCCGAGUCAAUUGGCUUCUGGGACGACGCAUUCUCGCUGCUUGCAUUCCUCGCGAUUCCAACCCAGAUCGGUCUCGGAAAGAUGAUGGGCCUCACAACCUGGAAAAAGGCAGCGAUUGCCGAGCACUUGGUCAUCUUCCUCGCAGUCUUCGUUAACAGGCUCCGGCCAUGUCCAGCAGAAACGCAAAAACAAAUAGACCGCGACGAGUAUUUUAGAACUCAUCGUCACGAGAGCCAUUUACUGAAAAAAGUUCAGGAAAAUAAACACGAUUGA